GUAGGCUACUAUCGUCUCAUCACACCGUCGCGCAUAUCCACUACUCUUUCCCACGCCAGUCGACUGAGAUUUGCUUAAAUCCUUGAGCCUUAGACGUGUAAGAUCAUGCCGAGACGCCGCAUCGAUCAAGACACUGAACCUUUGUUGGUGCAGUACAGUAAGUCUGACAGCGAAGAUGAACAAAGUGACAAUGAAGCAAGCCUAGCCCUGGAAUCGCAUAGAUCAACAGAACCAGAUAUCUUCAAGAUUAGCUGGGUCACUUUGGCUAGUCUAGCAACCAUCAUACUUCUAUAUAUAUUCUCGAACUAUUUACUGGUAAUACCUACCCUUCGUCUAUACGAAAACGCUAUCUGUCGUAAUUUCUAUCACCAACGAGACGGAACAACGUCUCCUGAUAUCGACGAGGAGUUGUGCAAAAUAUCUGAGAUACAAUCAAGCCUCGCAACUCUCGUAGGCUGGAAGAUAGCUUUCGAUGCAAUUCCAGGCCUAUUGACGGCUGUCUGGUACGGCUCACUAGCAGACCGCCAUGGACGGAAGCCAGUUCUUCUUGCCGCCAUGGCCGGCGAAUUCAGUUCUUGGUCAUGGAUACUCAUAGUUUGUUACUGCAAUCGAGUGUUUCCCAUACAGGCCAUCUGGGCCUCGUCUGCUUUCCUCUUCAUAGGUGGCGGCCCCCGAGUGACGGUCUCAAUACUCUACGCAAGCAUCAUGGAUAGUGUGCCUCCGGAGCGUCGUACACUAUUCCUCUAUCUACGCGCGUCCAUGUCGCACUUGGCCUCCUUAUCCGCUCCGCUCCUCGCAUCUUGGCUCAUGCGACGCUCUCUACCGCUUCUAUUUGGAUUGGUCUUUCUUCUAUGGAUAUUGACAUUCAUCUCAAUGUCCCUGUUCAGGGAGACUCUGCGAAUUAAGCAUGACACUGGGACGUCAGCGCUGUCCACUCAGUCGCCCGGAACAUCGGAACUUGAGGAGCGGACUUCAUGCGAUAUAUCACAUGAACCAGCAGAUUCUGAAUAUCUAGCGAGCAUUCCCAAACCUGGCGAACGCACAUCCGGCGAACCGUUCUUCAGAUGGCGUAUUUUCAGGACGAUGAGUAGGUUCAUACGGGAAACGUGUUCGGGCUUCAUGACGCGGAAUCUCACAGUCUGUUUCGCGAUAUUUGUCCUCAAGCGCCUGGCAUUUACCAGUGAGAACUUCGUCUUCCAAUAUGCUUCCAAGAUGUUACAUUGGAAAUUAGAGAAAACUGCUUGGAUUCAGUUCACGCAAUCCUUGGCAGCGAUACUCAUCACGGCUGUGUUCUUACCUGGAGUAAAUGCAUAUCUUCAUAGACAAAGGAAGAUCAGACCCAUAGUCAUUGACAUCUCCGUUGCCAGGGCUAGUAUGCUCAUUGCUGUGCUAGGCUGCUUAUUGCUUUGGCGAGCACGCAACCCGGCUACCAUGAUUUCAGGCGUUUUUGUCCUUGGUCUUGCAGAGGGCCUAGAACCCACUGUGCAAGGGCUCGCAGUCGCUCUUGUAGAUCCAAGCGUAACAGGCAGACUAUUCACCUUCAUAGCAGCGCUUGACAUGGCAGCGACACUUUUCUCGGGACCUAUAAUGGGGAGUAUCUUUUCCGCCUCACAAAACAUAGGAUCUUCGUGGCAUGGAUUGGUGUACCUCGUUGCUGCUAUACUCUUCACCGUUAUGUUUCUCAGUACACUCUUCCUCCGGCACAUAGUAAGAACCUAGACACACAAUCCCGUACUCAGAGCGAUCUAUUGAGGAUGAGGUCCAAGUCAAUUUCGUAAAGCUGAGUACCCAUCUUCAGAAUCGGGUGGAUAGGCCAAUUGGCGGAACUCGUACGACGAAUCGUUUCUGCGGAGAAGCUACCGAGUCCACGCCUACCACUCCAGCUCCUGAUGGCAGGAUUGUGGGUCAGUUUAAUCUUCAUGUGAGGGAAUUAGGUAGCAGGGUUUAACUAUACAUCAUCAAAUCUCUUAAUGAACGUUGCUUUCCAUUUUUGAUCGUUUGGAUCAAUGUCUUUAAGCAUGGACGUGCAUUCGGGGCUUAGGUAGUAAUCACUAGCGUGUGGCGAGUGGUGGUUGAAGCAGAUCC